AUGGCAGACGCUUUGAGCAACGUUCCCGGCGUAGACAUCGACCCCCGAGGGUGUUUUUAAUACAUACAAGUGAACGUAAAAGUUAAAGGUGGAAAUGAUCAUAAAGUGAUAGUCAGAGGAACUAAAACUGCCGAGUAUCACAAUCACAUAUUUGAAAAGGUCAAUCCAGCUAUGGAGGCCUUGGGGCUGGAGUGUAACUGUCUUGGAGGUGGCAAGAUUGACCACAAUAACACAGAAAAGAAGCUUAGAGUGUUUGGGGAGUCUACGGCAUAUGGGAAGGCUGACCAUGCUGUCACAGUGGAAAAGCUAAAAUGUGUCUUCAAAGACUAUGAAAUCACUAUGGAAUAAAACACUUGAUUGAGAA